AAUUUUUUAUCACACAAGGUUGCCAAUUGACCAUCACCAAGGGGUGUGAGUAUGGGGGAGGGAUUUUGGAGGGCUAGUAUCCAGUUUGCUACCCAGCGUCAUCUGUUCAGAGAAAUUAACCCUGGUCACAAGCACUGCCUACCCUCUGGUGGCGUUGUGGUGCUCUCCCCACACCUCUCAGGUUCCACCCCUCUCUGCAUGUCAGGUAUUGUUUUACCAGCCCCCUCUGAGCUGACAUGGGGCUGAGGUACAGGUUGUUUCAUUCUUCUAGAUUUUUGGCUUCAGACUGUGUUCCGGAAGGACCUUGAGUAGGCAGACCCAUGCUGCACAGUAUGGAGAGGGAGCCCAAAGAAAAGCUUUCCUUGAGGUCUCUCCCUCUACAAAGCGCGAACUUCUCCUCCCAGCUUGGCUGCUCAGCUCAGUGAAUCAGCCCGGAGGGAAAGAGUUAAGUGGGCCCCGCUUUGGGUCUGGGUCCUGAGCCUGCCUGCAUUCCUUCCUCGGAGAUCUGCCUGUGGGCUGCGGCCAGCUGCUAAAUUUAGAAGGGAGCUAAGGUUUCCUCUUAACAGCUGUCCUGCCCUCAGAGAAGACGCACCACCGAGGACGACGGGCGAGAGCUGGUCCUUCUCACUGGUCAAGGCGUCUGGCCAUUGCAUCUCGGUCCCUCAGUCCUUGGGUGACUGUCCCUGGGUGUGGAGAUACAGGCAGAUCAGCGAGGCUGACGGGGCCGGCUGUCAUGGCGACUGGCGGGGACCCCGACGAGGAGCAGGUAGUCCCAGGUGAAGAGGAUGAAGCAGACGUGAGGGCCGUGCAGGCCCGGUACCUCCGGAGCCCCUCCCCCAGCCAGUACUCCCUGGUCUCCGAGGCAGAAACGGAAAGCAUUUUCAUGGAUCCCAUUCACCUGUCUUCGGCUGUGGCAGCUAAACGGAUCAUCAGUGAAGAACUCAAGCCGCGGGGCCUGCAGGCCAAUGCUGAGUGUCCGGGCAUGCUGGAGUCCGCUGAGCAGCUGAUGGUGGAAGACCUGUACAACCGAGUCCGGGAGAAGAUGGACGACACCAGCCUGUACAACACCCCCUCUGUCCUAGACCUGCAGCGCGCCUUGGUCGGAGACCGCCUGGAGGCCCCCUGGAACGAGGUGGAUGAGGUCUGGCCCAACGUCUUCAUAGCAGAGAAGAGUGUGGCCGUGAACAAGGGAAGGCUGAAGAGGCUGGGAAUUACCCACAUCCUGAAUGCUGCUCACGGCACCGGCGUCUACACUGGGCCCGAAUUCUACACCGGCCUGGACAUCCAGUACCUGGGCGUGGAGGUAGACGACUUUCCCGAGGUGGACAUCUCCCAGCACUUCCGGAAGGCCGCCGAGUUCCUGGACGAAGCCCUGUUGACCUACAGAGGGAAGGUCCUGGUCAGUAGCGAAAUGGGCGUCAGCCGGUCGGCGGUGCUGGUGGUGGCCUACCUGAUGAUUUUCCACAGCAUGGCCGUCCUGGAGGCCCUGAUGACCGUGCGCAGGAAGCGGGCCAUUUACCCCAACGACGGCUUCCUGAAGCAGCUCCGGGAACUCAACGAGAGGCUGAUGGAGGAGAGGGACGAGGACUGUGGCCGGGACCGGGGUGCAGAUGAGGAGGGCGAGGACUCAGGGAGCAUCGUGGGGGCAGGAGUGCAGCACCUCACCGUGGAGGAGGAGGACGACACCACCAGCCACCUGAGCGGCUCCUCCUUGGGGAAGACCAGCCGGGCCUCCAAGCCCCUCACCCUCAUUGACGAAGAUGAGGAGGAGAAACUCUAUGAGGAGUGGAAGAAGGGGCAGAGCCUCCCCCCAGGCAAGGCCCCCCGGGGUGGACCCGGCAGGUGCUCAGCCUCCUGGGCCGAGCGGGGGCAGGAGUCUGAGGAUGAGGAUGUGGAGACCAUCAUCCGAGAGUGGCAGAGCCGAAACGAGAGGUACCAGGCAGCAGAGCGCCGGACGUGGGAGAGGCGGGAGGAAGAGGAGGAGGAGGGCAGUGCCGGUUCCUGCGCGGGGAGGAGACGCAGGCACACCUUGAGUGAGAGCAGCACCUCGGAAAGCGUCAGCAGCCGUGACAUCCGGGUCCUGAAACAGCAGCUGGAGAUGAGCAGCCAGAGCCGAGGUGGGAGACAGCGCUCCGACUCCAUGUCCACGGACAGCACCUGGGACAUGUGGAGCCAGAGGCUCCUGGAGACUGAGAAGGAAGCUGCCCGGAGGUACCACUCCAGAAGCAGGAGAGAGGAGGCGGGUGUGGGCUCAGAGGCGGGGGGCCGGGCGCGAGAGGAUGACGAGGAGAGUGUGUGCUCUGAGGCCAGCUCCUUCUACAACUUCUGCAGCAGGAACAAGGACAAACUCACCGCCCUGGAAAGGUGGAAGAUCAAAAGAAUCCAAUUCGGAUUCCACAAGAGAGACUUGGAGGCAGGAGACGGCAGCGGCGAGCCAGGCACAGAGGAGGCCGAUCGUGGGAAGAGCAUGUCCGAUGUCAACCUGACAGCCUACCAGGCCUGGAAGCUGAAACACCAGAAGCAGGUGGGCAGUGAGAACCAGGAGGCGGUGGUGGAGCUCGGCAAGGGAGAGGACGUGGCCUUGGCUAAGAAGAGGCAGCGGAGACUGGAGCUGCUGGAGAGAAGCAGGCGGACGCUGGAGGAGAGCCAGUCGGCGGGCAGCUGGGAGGCGGACAGCUCGGCUGCCAGCAGAAGCAUCCCCCUGUCUGCACUGUGGUCUGCAGUGCCAUCGGCCAGCGCUGACGGGGACACGGCAUCGGUACUCAGCACCCAGAGCCACAACUCCCGCCCGUCGCAGGCUGUGAGCACCAUAGGCGGGGGCCGGGCCUCCACCCCCGCCACACCGCUGCCUACCCUCCCAGUGGGGCCAGGAGACACCGUUUCCAUCGCCAGUAUCCAGAACUGGAUCGCCAGCGUCGUCAGCGAAACUCUCGCCCAGAAGCAAAGUGACAUGCUGGCACUGUCCCGCUCCCCGUCCGUGGCCAGCGUGAGGGCGGCUCCCGCAGCCGACCGCCUGGGGGAUGACCAGGUUUCCAUGUGCAGCGGGCACAGCACCUCCUGCCUGGGCCUCCUGCCUCAAGACCAGGCACGACCCGGCUCCGACACGCAAUCCGUGCUGUCCUCCCACACUGCAGCCAGCUCCAGGGCUGACGGCGCGGGGAGCAGAGUGACAGGGACCAGCAAGCCGGUCUACAGCCUCUUCGCUGACCACGUCAACCUCAAGGAGCUUGGCCGCAAGGAGAGGGAGAUGCAGAUGGAGCUGCGGGAGAAGAUGGCCGGGUACAAGAUGGAGAAGCUGGCCUCCGACAACAAACGCAGCAACCUUUUCAAGAAGAAGAAGGCGAAGGAUGAGGACGCGGGAGAGACGGACGAGGACGCCGACAGUGCCAUAGGGAGCUUCCGCUAUUCUUCCCGCGGUGGCUCCCAGAAACCGGAAACGGACACCUGCUCCUCGCUGGAUGUCUCUGAUGGCUAUGGAAGUGGCAGCAGGGCCAGCAAAGAGACGGACAGCAGUAUUAAUAAGUGGCUCAGUGGCCUCGGUGCACAGGAAAGAUCUCCUCCCCAGAGCGAGUGUUCUGGAAGCUCCCGGGGGAGGCACAGCAGAUCUUCCCUGCUCCGGGAGACGGAGUCCAAAUCCUCCAGUUAUAAGUUCUCCCAGUCGCAGACCAAGGAGCAGGACACCAACUCGUACCGCGCGGCCAGCGGCGACUCCGUGCGAAGCAGCUCGCGGUUCUCUGCGUCCUCCUGCAGGGAGGGCCGAGAGACGCACACGUUCUCCAGGGCCGUGUUCAGCGAGACCUCGAGCUCCCGAGAGCCCAGCCCGGAGCCCUACUUCUUCCGCAGGACCCCCGAGUCCUCCGGGGGGGAGGAGUCCCCGGAGCCCCGGCGGCCGGAUUGGACCCGGCCCAGGGACUGGGAGGGCGUGGAGGAGUCGUCCAGGUCCGACUUCUCGGAGUUUGGAGCCAAGAGGAAAUUCACCCAGAGCUUCAUGAGGUCUGAAGAAGAGGGAGAGAAAGAGAGGACGGAAAGCAGAGAAGAAGGGAGGUUUGCUUCAGGGCGGCGGGCCCAGUACCGCAGAAGCACCGACAGGGAGGAGGAGGAAGAAAUGGACGACGAAGCCAUCAUCGCUGCCUGGAGAAGCCGGCAGGAAGAGACCAGGACUAAGCUGCAGAGAAGGAGGGAGGAUUAGUCAAGCAGGCAAGGUGGGCCUGGGAGAGACUGAGGACACGGGACGACGCCAUGCAGCUGAGCACAGGGCUCGGGGCCACCAUGCAGCCAGCGACAAGCGUGUGGAGAGGAUUAGCCGGAGGGGCAGAGCUGAAACGAGAGGUUCCAGGCAGAAGGGCACUGGAGACAGAGGAGGAGGAAGAGAAGAAGAACCAUCCCUGGGAGGCCCGGGUGCUGGGCCAGCUGGCACCGUUUCCCGUUGCCCACCGUCCUCGAAGCUGUGGUGCUUCCGAAUUUGACAGUGUCCAUUACAGACUAAGAUGAGCGUGUGAAGGCGCUUGAGCUUUGGGAGACUCCAGUUCCCCUCCAGGAGUGCUGUGGCCACAGCGCAGGUUUCUGUGUGUGGGGGUCUUAUUAACAUAGCGAGACCCAGGAAGUGUACCUGUGGCACGUCUCCCCUCUCCCGGCGAUGCUGAGGUCUGGUUGUGCCUUUUUAAUGUUUUGGAUGUGCAUUAAAUCGGUAUGUUGUCCGGUAUUGCUUCUUUAUUCCGGUCACCUUGGGCUCUUUGGACAUUAAGGGAAACCCGCUUUUAAAACCACAAAAGGCAUAGCGUGAGCGACGCUCACCUUGUUCCACAAAGCUGUGCCUCCAAACAAUACCACCCUCCUCACCUUGUCAGAACUACCAGAAUCUUUCAUCUGCGCUCCAGUGCAGUGGGAAGACACAAGGAAGCCCCUUCGAUUAACAGGACAGAGAGAACGGGUUUUAUUGUGGUGAGAAUGGUGAGGUAUAGUAGAGAGAGGGUCCCUCUGGGAUGACAAAAAAGCACAAGCAAACCAUGGGGAGAAAAGAAGCCCCUACCAGGAGGUGGAGGUGGAGUUUUAUGAAAUUGGUGGUCAUCCCGGCUUUUCGUUCCUCGGAGGGUCAUUACACAGUGGAGUGGGUCAUCCACAGGUUCCUUGCCUGGACUCUGGAUGGGCUGGGCUGGUGGGCACUCUUUACUCUUAGUUCCCAGGUCUUUUCUGUCCCCUCCAAAACACGGAUUGUGUCGCUGAAGCAAGCAGACCUGUUCUGAGCACCUUACAACAAGCAUUGACCAGCUGGUUCCUUACGGGAUUCGAAAACAGGCAUGUGCCGUACACGGGUCCAAGAUGUCGUGGUCAUUCAAAAAAUCCAGUUCAGGAGACACAGUUGGUGAUGAAAUGAUGACUGGGAGGGAAGAAGAGCACGUGAGCAGCAGCGUGUGGUUACUUUUUCUGAAAUCUGAGUUUCAUGGGACGUGGAGAUUGUGCAGCGUUUCCAUCGGGAUUAGUUCCGCGGCACACAUUUCAACAAGGGCAAAGAUGAAAAUCCCAAGGCAAAAGGGAGCGGACUUGAGCUCCAAGCCAGAACUGCACAUGGCAACUGACCGAACGUGCUCACCUUCUAGCGGUUCAGCUACUGAUGGUGUCACACUCAGCGAGGUAUCUGUCUGAGAAGUCAAGAUUCCGGAUUCAGCCUCUGCCGGGAUGCCGCACUAGAUUUGGGGAAACCACAUUAAUAGAAAGCUUACGUGAAUUAUGGUGAGCUUAAAGGAAUGGCUGGGAUGUGAAGUGUUAGGAUCCCAAGGGUGGCUUCUGAAUGAUACCUCACCUAGGGUGACAGGUUGCACUCCAGCCUUCCGGUCGCUGCAGGAUGUUCAAAGGUAUGUGUUAUGUAGUGAAGCUCCCAGCAGCAGACAGAUGGGACGCCCAAAGUGGAAACUGACGAGAGUUCAAUGCAGGAACUAUUUGCAGAGACAAUGGAACAAGAGGGAAUAGGGAAGCACCCGUGUACUGGCGAUUGUGAGACGUGGCCACCAGUGAAAGGACAGAGUGAGGAAGCUAUAUGCAGAGGCCAGCAAGAGACC